UUGAGGUCCUUCAGGCUUGAGGAGGAGCAGGUCGUUUUUCAUGUGGGUUGUGGUUCCACACACAGCCAGCAGUUUAUGGAUCUUUCGGCCAGCUGGACAGCUGGAGGAUGCAUGCAGUCGUGGAGAAGAAGCCAUUGCUUUGAAGACCAGAAGCAUGGUGUCCACUUCAUUGGGAAGACGUCUGGUGGCGUGUCUUCUCAAUGUCUCUGAAGCUCAGAGGAAAGACCUGCUGGACACGGUGGCCAUGGCUGCACUAUACAACUCUCAAGGUGCAAGAAUAGAGGAAACAACUGUACUGAACAUCUUCCAUGAUUUGGACUACAGCCGUUCUGUCAUCACCAUCGUAGCCAGUAUCCAGUCCAUCAGGGAGGCGGUUCUAUCUGCCUGUGAAAAAGCGUGUCAGCUGUUUGACAUGAACACACACUCGGGUGUCCAUCCAUGUUUGGGUGCUGUGGACCUCAUACCUAUCUACCCCCUGGGGGAGGACGUGGGUGUCCACCACUGUGCUAACGAGGCUCAGGCUGUUGCUGAGGAACUGACCAAGCGAGUCCAAGGAACGAGUGUUUUCCUGUUUGGCUGGGCAGACGAGCCACUUCAGCGCGGCCUCGCGCAAAGGAGAAGGGAGAUGAGAUGGUUCAAGAAGACUUUGGACUUGAGUAGCAUCAAACCUGAUAUGGGACCUAUACCACAGAAAACCUUUGGCCUCACAGGUGUUGGUGCCAGUCCUUACGUCAUGAACUGCAACGUCACUAUCGACACCAAAGAUGUAAGAAUAGGACGAAACAUUGCUGUGGCUAUUCGGGAGUCAACAGCAGGGGGCCUUCCAGGUGUGCAAGUCUUGGCCCUGCCUCACGAAGGGGCUGUAGAAAUUGCCUGCAAUGUGGAAAGCGUGCGGGGAAGUCCACCUUGCCAAAUGACGGCAACAACAAAAUGGCCAACGUUCAGUAUUGGAGGUGAAGCAUACUUUCAUGUCCCCGCUUCUCUCAUCACUGCCAGGGUUGCAGAUCUGGCAUGUAGGCAUGGCGUUGACAUUAAGGGCACUGCCUUGGUGGGGUUUACUCCCCAUGAGUGCAAGGGUUUGGCAGAGUUGGCUCUGUCUCUAGGGAAUGCAGACUUUUGGAGACAGCAACGUAGGGUGUUCAUGUGAAAAUAAUAAAUUCUUGGCACAGGACAUGUUUUUUGCACUGUUAAAACAUCAGACCAAUUUAUUCUGUUGUCAUCUUUACUGACAAUUGCUAAAAUCUGGCAACAUUUUAAUAGUGCGCGUAGAACGAAUUAUACCUCAGUGUAAAAUGUUCAUAAUGAAAUUAAAUACAUCUCAGAGGUGUGUUUAUAGUUUGAAUUGUGUCUUGUUUUGAGCACAGAGUAGACAAUACUUUUUUUUGCGUAAAGUGAAGAUCUAUUAAUCGAUCUAAUAUGGACAAAAGUCUUCAUUUCCCAGUGUGUUUUGACACGCAUGAAGCUGACUUUAUAGUAUUGUAACUUAUCUGUGCAUCAAUAUAGUGAUAUAUUACGUGAUAUAGUGAUAUAUUAGAUGUAAAUUGAUGUGUACAUCAUACUUAAUGUGCAUCAAUAUAGUGAUAUAUUACAUGUAUACAUUAUACUUAAUCAUUUAAAAUAAUUUAAAAAAACAAUAAAGUGAUUUACAGUAUGUACAAUGAUGUGUACAUUAUGUGUAAAAACAGCAUUCAUUAAGGAGAAUAUUGUUUUAAUCAUGUGUGCCUGUUUUAAGGUACAUGCAUGCAUCGUCUGCCACUGGAUAAAAUAAAAAAAACAUCACUCACUUCACUUCUUGUUCUGUCGUUAAAUACGGUGCAAAACUAAAUAUAAUUGCACAUGAAUGUCUGCAAAGGAAAGAUGAUCAAAGUAGGGCUGCACGAUUUUGAAAAAAAAAAAUAAUAGCAAUUUUUCUCUUUGAUUCAGAUAAAUGCAUAAAAGUGCAAAAAUAAGUGAAGGAAGACAUGUUACUAUUAGACGGUCAGUCAACACAUUUUUGUCUCAAGGUGCCACACAUUAGAACAAUAUGCAAUCAUUUUCUUGACAAAAUAUUUGGCCUUAUGCAGACAGACUCAGCAUUUUGGUCUACAUCAGGGGUCUCAAACUCAAUUUGCCUGGGGGCCACUGGGUGCAGAGUCUGGGUGAGGCUGGGCCGCAAGAAAAGAUUUCCUAAAAAAAAAAAAAUUAUAUGUCUUUAUUUUAAUUUUCAACACAAAAUAAAAUCAAAAUAUAAAUGAACAAAAUGAGAAUUAAGUAAAUAAAUCAGUCAUAAGUAAUAACAAGAGAGGAGAAGUCUUGCAAAACUCCUAGCCAUUAUGGACAACACCUCCCACCCACUACACUCUGACCUUGCGGGGAGAAUGAGCACGUUCGGUGGAAGGCUCAGACUCCCAAAAUGCAACACGGAACGACACAGGAGGUCCUUCAUACCGACAGCCAUCAGACUGUAUAAUGCAUAUGUUCUUUGA